AUGCAUUCCUACAAGGCUGUCCUCUUAACUAUCCUCGCACUUACUCAUUUUACAGUCGCUGCUCCUAUUGCUGAACCUCAUGAUGAUGCAGUUACUCGCGUCUACUCUCCUGAGGAGGUCGACCUUAAAGCCAUCGGGGACACCUACUAA